AUGACGUCCAACAAUUUGCAGGCGGAGCUGUCAAACCUGAUCCAGGAGUCUAAAAGGAAACACUCUGACCUGAAAAAUGCAGCCGAGCAAUCGCUUUCAGAGCUUAAAGCUCUGCCAUCAACAUCCGAAGCACAGUUAGCAGCAGACCUGGCCAGAAAGCCUCAGUUUUCCAGGCCGUUUGUUCUAGCAUGUCAAACCCGACAUGCCCGUCUUGCCGCUAUCGGAGUAGCGAAUCUUCAAAGACUAGUAACUAUUGGUGCAUUGCCUCAUGAACGCUUAAAGGAUGUAGUUCAAGGGUUACAUGAGACCGCAAAUCUGAGUCUUGAAAUACAGCUCAAAGUAUUGCAGACAUUGCCGUCGCUAUUUAGAUUUUAUGCGGAUAACCUUACGGGUACUCUUCUUGCAAGUACGCUAGAAAUAUGCGCUACCCUACAAAACAGCAAGACCACCGCAGUAUCGAACACUGCUGCUGCUACUCUUCAACAGCUGGUCAUUGCAGUUUUUGAAAAGGUCUCCCAAGAAGAUGGUAAAGCCGAAAACGAUGUUUCGUAUACCACUGUUUCUGUUGAAGACCAGGAGCUUGAAGUCUCUACAUUUAGUUACGAUGCUUUCCGGAUACUGGAGGAUCUGUGUCGCCUGCUCGAAGGUGAACAACUUACAUACUUGAACAUCAAAUCGCUUUCCAAAAUAUUCAUACUAGAAUUGAUUGAAAGCAUCCUAGUCAACAACACUGAGGUUUUUGCUAACCACCCAGAGCAUACCCAAGUCCUUCGGCAUAGACUAUUACCCCUAGCAGUCAGAUAUCUGUCUGAACGCCAGUCGUUUUCUCUGACUGUCCGUGUCGCGAGGAUAACACUUUACAUCUUGAAAGCACACUUAUCAUUAUUAACUGUUGAAUGCGAGGUAAUCCUCUCGCUUUUAAUCCAUUUAAUUGACACAGAAACUUCUUUGCCCUGGAAGCGUGUGCUUUGCAUGGAGAUAUUCAGAUCUCUUUAUACCGAACCGGGUAUCAUACGACUUAUGUAUACGCUCUUUGAUAAAGAGGAGGGUCGCAAAGCCGUACUACGGGAUCAUAUGUCAUGUUUAGUGAGGCUUUCCUCUGAAAAAUCCUCAUUGAUCGGCCUUAGUCAUCAGUCUACGAUGCCGUUCACACCGCAAAACAGCAAAGACACCAUGGAGGAUCAGGUUGCCCUCGAAUCCGUGGGCGUGAGCGGCAUAAUUGGGAGCCCGUCGAAUAAGUUAGAGAUGUGUGGCAUAAGCACUCAAUGGAGUCUCCUCCGAGUGCCGUAUAUUGAAACACUGGACAAAAUUGACUCCCCUUCACCCCCGGAUACAUAUAUCUACAGCCUAGUACUUAACUGCAUAGCAGCCUUCUCCGAAAGCAUGGCCAAAUUCAUCAUUCCACUGGCUGUGGCAGAAUCUAAGAGCAAGCGGAAACGCAACACUUUAAGUUCAGACAAGGAGCGCGAUUCAAGUCAUCAAGACGCUGAUCGCAAAGAGUUGACCGGAAGGGCAUCCAUCCCACCAAACCCUCUUGAAUUGACCUCCCACCCUCAAAUCGCUGAUGUUCAAGCAACUGCUGGUAUCAUCGAGGUCUGCUGGCCAGCCAUAUUGGCCACUUCGUCUACUUUCUUAUAUGCAGCAUUGGAUGGAGAAUUUUACCACUCCCUAGUCCGAGCCUUUCAGAAGCUGGCUCACGUUGCUGGUCUGUUGCGGCUGGCUACUCCCCGGGAUGCAUUCCUAACAACCCUUGGGAAGGCGGCAAUACCUGCAGAUUUCCCCGGGCCCAGCCCGGAUGGAAGCACACUUAAUUCGCCGAUUAUCGAUACUACCAACCAACGAUCAAGCGUUUCUGAGGCCGCCAACUCACCUGUAGAUACCCCUAUCCAUAUGCUCAACACCAGGAAUUUACUUUGUCUACGAGCACUGUUAAACUUGGGUAUUGCUCUUGGACCAACCUUAGAUCACGAUUCUUGGUCAAUCAUUCUUGAAACUCUUCAGAAUGCAGAAUUGGUAAUCAAUGCAACGAGCUCAACCUUCAUAUCCAUGCCAACGGAUCAGGCGAUAGAGGCCAAAAAUGUCAAUUCUGACACACCCAAAUCCAGCCUUGGCCCCGAAAUCAUGGCGGUACAGGCAGUUACCAAUAAGCUUUGCGAAAGCACUAGCGAUUAUACAAACUCUGCCUUUAAAAUAUUUCUCAUGGCUUUGUUAAGCUUGCCUGAGAGCUUUAUGAAGGAUUCAGGGCCCGUUGCUGGCCAGAAACCAUCUUCACCUCUUCUCAACCAAGGACAGAAUGGGGGACGAGUUCACCAAAGUAAACGAAGCUUGUCUGUUGCCCUAGGCCGCAAUAGGGUGCGCGAGGAUGAAUUGAAAUUUGUGCUACAGAAGGCCCAUGCUGUUGCCAAAUCAAAUAUCGAACGGUUUUCUCACUCAAAGGAUGAAGGUAUAUGGGAGCUCCUGGUUAAUAAUCUUGUUAAAACGAUCCAGAAUAAUCAGAUGAGCCCCGCAUUACGCCUUAAAGCCAGUGACGUGAUCAAUACGGUGAUUUUACAAACUAUCAAACUGACAGAAUCCACCGAGGAAGAGUCAAGGAAUAAGGUUCAGCUUCGCGGAUUGCUUGCCUUGAAAUUGCAAUUAUCUAUGCCAGUACAUGGACGACGACCAGGUUCUUCAUCUCGCGCAGCAGAUCUAGAAGUCCACGAAUUCGCUCUCGAAACCUUGAAGUCUAUCCUUGAGGGUUCUGGCCAAUCCGUAGUUGCGGGAUGGAACUUGGUAUUCGAGCUAAUAUCGAGUAUCUUUGACAACGAGAUGCCAUCUCUUACGGAAAGAGAUAAGGGCCAAAAAUCACUUCAGCUAACCGCUGACUACUCGAAAUUAGCAAAGGUGAAGUCUCAAAAGCUAUUAAGGACUGCGUUCGACUCUUUGCAACUCAUAGCAUCAGACUUCUUAUCACUGCUUCCGGCUCCAUGCCUGCUUGAGUUGGUAGGAUGCUUCUAUAACUUUGCAUCCCAAAAGGAAGACUUCAAUAUUUCACUAACGGCCACGACGUCGUUUUGGAAUAUAUCAGAUUUUCUUCGAAUUCAGAUCGAUCAAUUCUCCUGUGAAAAUGAGAUUACUGUUUCGACUAGCGAAGUACAGAUCAUGGAGGUUGCCAAAAAUCCAGAUAACUCCUCGUCAACCAGUGCGCUGUGGUUACUGUUGCUUUUAAAGAUGGUUGAUCUCACAGUUGAUAGCCGCACUGAGGUUCGAAAUAGCGCGAUUCAAACAAUGCUUCGAAUUUUGGAUCAUUCAAGCGAGCAGCUACCCCCCGCAAUAUGGCACCUGUGCUUGAACAAGAUACUUUUUGUUAUGGCAGAGGCUGUCCAAUCCAAAACUGUUCAAUUAAUGGAAUCUUCGUCAGAAAAUUCUGAAGACCAGAAGCCCUGGGUGGAUACUUCGGUGUUAUUGACCAAAGGCCUAUCAAACCUCAUUGCCACCCAUUUUACUAUCAUUAUCAAGAGUGAAAAUUUUCAUGAAUCUUGGACGCGAUUACUCCGGUUCAAUGAGCCACUCAUCAAGUUGAAUUCACUAGAUCUUAAAGAAGCCAUUUUUUCGAGUUUAUCUCAAAUAUUAUCCUGCAUACAAACCCCUGAGGUCAUUGGUGCCAAUUUGGUUCAACAGGCCUGGGAUGUUUGGGUGAAUGGAAAUGUGGUUUCUGGCGAUGAUUUGAAGCCAGACUAUGAGCAUUCAAACCAGAAUGGCUUACUGGCUUAUUUCUCAACGUACAAGCAGCUCUACAGGCUUCUUAAUAACCACUUAAGUGAACGCCAUAUUCUUGAAGCCCUGCAGAACGCCCAAUUAGCUAUCGAGAAAUCGAUCCAUUCAAAAUACUCCCCAGAUGUUGAGACACCCUCAGAGCUACAGACUCAGAUCCUGGAGUGUUUCAGAAUUCUCUGUGCCGAUAAACCCAACUCACAGUCGGCAAUUAUGAAUUGCCUUUCCCAAUUUUUCCAACUGCCUAUGGUCAAUUGGACACCACAGGCUGACAGGGCUAAGCCGACCUUCGUUGCGUUAUCAAAAUCUUCGAUGAAGAUUUUAAGCUGGUAUAUCAACGAGCAUGGAUUGAAACCAAACGUCUUGCCUGAUGGAGUCCUGAGCAACACGCUUGACCGACUGACUGGCCCAAUACUUGGCAAAUAUAAAUGGCUCGGGAAGGAUAGCAGUCCAACGCUAUGGCAGACGGCAACGACGGCUUCUCUGGAUCUCAUAGAAGUUGCUGUUGGGUACGUUGAGGCGCAAUAUCAGACCUGUGACCGUGCGAUCACAGAUCGCUUUUGGGCAUCCGUAGUUGAGGUUGUAAAGGCGGUUGUCUCUUGCGGAGAGUAUACAAAUUUAGACCUAACGUCAAGCGCUGUGCUAACCGACGAGCAAUUCGACAUUUCUGCCUUUAAACGACUCCGUGGCAUGAUAAUCCCAGCUCUUGGCUCUUCUUUCGUGUCUCCGAAGAUCUGGAGGGACUUUGCCUUUGCGCUGUUCAAUUCUUCACAUGUCUAUCCACCCCAGCGACUGGACCUGCCCGAUAAUUCGGCCCAGAAGGAGCCACUACGCGAUCUAUAUAAGGUCCGGCGCGGCCGCACUCAUGGCCCGCAGCCAACUAUGCGGAGCAAACUUUCAUAUGUGUUAGUUGAUACGCUAUUUGACCUUGCAUCCGUUCGCAAACUGGCCGCAGGAGAAAGCCAAGCUUCAUCGCCAAAUUUUGUGACACCGUAUAUAUCCCUUGCAAAGUCUGUGUCACCGUACCUUAUCUUACGCUGCGCAUUACCCUUGAAAUCAUAUAUCGCCGACCAACCACUUCUAGGCCUGAUGCCACAACCCAUAAUUUCAAGGAAGGAACUCAUGUAUCUCCUAACCCGAUUGGUCGAUUUGAAGAGUGAGCCAACCGCCAUCCCAGCAGCAGGUCCUCACGUCCCUAUAGGGGGGCCAAGCGACACCCUAGGCAAUGAGGACAGCGACGGCGACGACGAUGACGAUGAGGAGGAGGGGGAGGAAAGUGGAAGCUCCACGGGAGCAAGGUUCAAGAAACAUCUUGGGUGGAUGUAUCCGCUUGUUAUUCGUGCAAUAACAGUUGCUGGCAAGGAAUCCAAAGAUCGCCAAGUUCUGGAUGUACUCACGAGAGUCUUAGAAGGCAUACAGGGGUAG